AUGUUAGAAUCUUAGGCUGGCGCUAAAGUGCAAGGAGGUGUAGAUUUGCUUGAUGGAGAGAAAUCUGUAGAAAUAAGGCGUAAUGUUUAAAUCAUAGUUGAAGAAGAAGGUGAUAAAAUCAAUGAAAGUAAGAGAAUUAAUGAUGCAACGAAUGCUUAAUUGGUCUAGAAACCUGAAGAUAAUAUAAAAUCCAUAUUAUAAAAUGAUCGAAGAGAAACAGUUUAAGAGUUAAUAGUAAAAUAGAUAGAUAAAGAACUUAUCCCUGAAUAACAGUCUUAAAAUAUGAUGAGGUAAAUAAAAGAUCUUCCAAAAAGUUUAGAAAAUAAGGGACUAUUGAAUAUAGAAUAGAUUUCUCCCUAAGCGAUUAAAUAAGCUCCGAACUCUGCCACCAGUUUAAAAUAAAUGCUUAACGUUAAUGAUCUACCUUCAUUCAAUGCUCGAUAAUUAAACAAUUCUAGACGAUCUCAAGGAUUAUUAGAAAUUAAGAAAAAUGUCGAUAAGGAAUGGGAUGAUAUCUCAAAUGGAAGCAAAAAGCUAAAUUCAAACUCUAAUUCUGACAAUGAGUAAUGA